CACGAAUCACAGAUUCAGCUCUCGGCUUACCGCGUCAAUACUUACGAUGCAUCGAUGAGUGGCCGAAAAUGCCUGUUGAAAUUGCACCUGCAUUCAAGAAAAGAAUUACUUGAAAUAGAAUCUGGUGUCGCCCCUCUUCAGGAAGAAAUUGAAAUCCUCAAGAUUUUGAAUGCUGUACAAAAACCAUGCGAAAACAUAGUCCGCUUACUUGGCUCUAGCAUCGAGGCUCCUAUUCACAUGAUAAUAGAGAGAACACCGAAAGGCGACCUGUGGACAUACCUUCACGAUUUGACCAAUCCCCCUCUUGUUGAUGAGCUCAUUCGCAUUUCUCAAGGUGUUUGCGAAGCUAUGAUUUUUCUCGGUGACAACUGCAUAAUCCAUCGUGACCUGUGUGCCAGGAGCUGUUUUGUAUUCAAUAAAGAUCCACAGGGGAACAUGCUCGUCAAACUUGGUGAUUUUCACCUCGCUAUCCUUUCCUAUUCUCGUUUGGAGUCCUGUGCUGUGAGUUCGUCCGUAAAUGAAUAUCCAGAAAAUGAAUUUGCUGUGCGUUGGAGUGCUGUCGAAGCACUUCGGGACGGUGAAUUUAGUCCUGCGUCUGAUGUGUGGUCGUUUGGUGUGUUAUUGUUUGAGAUUUUCACCUUUGGUUCGAGACCAUACGUCAAUAUGCCAAGCGGAAUGUCUUUACAUCGUGACGAGGAAGUUCGGAAAUAUGUUCUUAACGGUAAUAAACUUGAACUUCAUCCAAAAAUCCCUGAUUCAAUUCGAAAAAUUAUCCAGUCCACAAUGAAAAAGAAAGAUCACAGACCAACGUUUAGACAUCUGAAGUCUGAUUUCAUGGAUCUGACUUUUCAUCAAGAGAUUUAUAAGGAACCGGCCCACUACCAAAAACUACAUCGCAGCCCAUCCAAAAUAGUCCUGCCGAAAGAUUUGCAAGUUAGAAGAAGUAACUCUGGAUCGGAGUGAAUAGCUGACAUGAAGAAUGUACUUAUUAAAAUUCAGUGGCUGCGUAAGAUCGUUAAGUGAGGGAUCUAC